AUUGAGUUUUUUUUUUCUCUGCCAAUCAGUACUCGAUUCUUCGGUUCUUUGGCUUGAUCCUGUAGUUUUAGCUCGUCAGAUUCGCGCCGCCAUGACGACCUUCACGAAGCUCAGUGAGCAGGAAGCUCCGGGAAUUUCCAUACACCCAGACCGCCGCAUCUCAAAAAUCAAUCCUAAUAUCUAUGCCGGGUUUGCAGAGCACAUGGGUCGAUGCAUCUACGGGGGCAUCUACGAUCCCGGUAACCCAUUAUCCGAUGAGAAUGGAUUUCGAAAGGACGUCCUCGAAGCCCUUAAGGAGCUCAAGGUCCCUGUCAUUCGUUACCCUGGUGGCAACUUCACCGCAACAUACCAUUGGAUCGAUGGAGUUGGUCCGAGAGACCAACGUCCCGCGAGGCCGGAACUUGCGUGGCUGGGCACAGAGACCAACCAGUUUGGAACUGAUGAGUUUUUGAAGUGGUGUGAGGUGCUGGGAACCGAGCCCUAUCUUUGCCUGAACAUGGGCACGGGUACUCUUGAUGAGGCUUUGGCUUGGGUCGAUUAUUGCAACGGUACCCGGGACACCUACUACGCCAAUCUCCGACGCAAGAACGGACGAGAAGAACCGUACAAUGUCAAAUAUUGGGCCCUCGGUAACGAAGUAUGGGGACCAUGGCAGGUUGAGCAGUCUACCAAGGAGGAAUAUGCUCACAAGGCCUACCAAUGGGCUAAAGCCCUGAAACUCCUUGAUCCUUCUAUCGAGUUGAUUCUGUGCGGAAAAGAAGGCCCAACAUCGUGGGACUAUUACACCCUAAAGCAAACCAUGCUCCCCGUGCACUCGCCCCUAUCAACAAGCGCAGUCCCCCUCAUCGAUAUGCACAGUAUCCACCUCUACACAGCUCACUCCUCACACCUUCCUAACGUCACCGCGCCUCUAGCCGCUGAGCGCGCCAUCGAGAUCACCUCCUCUCUCAUCGACCUCGCCCGGGUCGAGAACGGGGUCCCGCCCGAGCAACGCCGCCCGACUAUCUGCUUUGAUGAGUGGAACGUCUGGGACCCCAUCCGUGCCGAGGGCAGUAAAGGCGCAGAGGAAUCCUACAACCUCUCCGAUGCUUUAGCUGUGGGUGUCUGGCUUAACGUGUUUGUGCGUAAGAGUAAGGAUGUUGGUAUGGCGUGCAUUGCGCAGAGCGUCAAUGUAAUUUCGCCGCUUAUGACCACGAAAGAUGGGAUCGUGAAGCAGACGACGUGGUGGCCGCUCUAUCUGUUCUCGAAUUACAUGCGUGGCUGGACUAUCAGUGCACACAUUUCUGUUUCUGCAUACGAGGGCGAAACACACCCGAAAUGGGUAAGGGGUGUCAAGGAUACGCCUUGGUUGGACGUUAGUGCGACUCUGGGUGAGGAUGGAUAUGUCAAUGUAGUUGUGAUCAACAUCCAUGAAGAGAAGGGGAUCGAGGCGAAGCUUGAUGGUCCAUCUGGUGAGGUUACUGUGUUCACUGUUACCGGUGACAACCCAGCCGUGACGAACAUGAAGGGCAAGGAAGAAGUUGGUCUGGUUGAGACCAAGUGGGAUGCCCAGGGCCCAUACGUGUUCCCGAAGCAUUCCCUUACCCUGCUGAGAUGGAAGGCUUGAGCAGCUGACUUCAAGCCUACCGAUACCUACCUCACUAUACGAUUAUAGAACGCAGUGUAUUUAAAUUUUAA